CGCUAUGAUGUCCUUACAGAGCAGGAAGAAGAAGACCUAUGUUGGUUCCAGGGUUGACAUAACUGUUCAAACUGUCCAGCUGAGCCUUAGUGCAUAUUUAUUUCACACUACAGGAGGCGUUUUUAUAUCGAAAAGGAGGAUUUACAGCAGCCAGUAAACCGGCAGAUUUCUCCAUGUUUCCUUCUAGCAGGUGUUCACUUCAAGCGCGGAGGUGUGUACGUGCACUGAAAGCAGUUCAGACGGAGUGGGUGGCUCCGCAGGUCUACACAAGGCGAUGCUCUUCUACUUCCGUGCCCCGAAUUACAUCCCAUUACACCAUCUAUCCUCGAGACAAGGAUCCACGAUGGGAAGGUAUGGAAAUGGAGCGCUUUGCAGAUGAGGCGGAUGUUGUGAUCGUGGGCGGCGGCCCUGCCGGUCUGUCAGCAGCCAUCCGACUGAAGCAGCUGGCCAAUCAGCACGAGAAGGAGCUGCGCGUGUGUGUGGUGGAGAAGGCAUCACAGAUCGGCGCUCACACACUCUCCGGGGCCUGCUUAGAACCCAGUGCUCUCAGUGAGCUCUUUCCAGACUGGAAGGAGAGAGGGGCGCCAUUCAACACACAGGUUACUGAAGACAGAUUUGCUAUUCUGACAAAAAAAUACAGAAUCCCUGUGCCAAUACUUCCAGGUCUCCCGAUGAAUAACCACGGGAACUACAUAGUGCGUCUUGGUCACUUUGUGCGCUGGCUGGGUGAGCAGGCUGAAGAACUCGGGGUCGAGCUGUAUCCGGGCUACGCUGCAGCCGAGGUGUUGUUUCAUGAGGAUGGAAGUGUGAAAGGAAUCGCCACCAAUGAUGUCGGGAUCGCCAAAGAUGGCUCUCCUAAGGACGUGUUUGAACGAGGCAUGGAGCUCCACGCUAAGGUCACUCUGUUUGGAGAAGGAUGUCACGGUCACCUAUCCAAGCAACUCUACAAACAGUUCAACCUGAGGGAGAACUGCCAGCCGCAGACCUACGCCAUCGGCCUCAAAGAGCUGUGGAUUAUUGAUGAGAAGAAAUGGCGCCCGGGUCGGGUGGAACACACUGUGGGCUGGCCUCUGAACAGAAACACGUAUGGAGGCUCUUUCCUCUACCACCUGAAUGAAGGAGAGCCACUGGUGGCCCUGGGCUUUGUGGUGGGUUUGGACUACACUAACCCUUACCUGAGCCCGUUCAGAGAGUUCCAGCGCUGGAAGCAUCACCCGUCCGUGGCCUCCACUCUGGAGGGAGGAAACAGGAUAGCUUACGGUGCCAGAGCUCUAAAUGAAGGAGGACUCCAGUCUAUACCUAAGCUGACAUUCCCUGGUGGUGCUCUGAUUGGCUGCAGCCCGGGCUUCAUGAAUGUCCCCAAGAUCAAAGGAACACACACGGCCAUGAAGAGCGGCAUGCUGGCAGCAGAGGCCAUCUUUAACAAACUGACAGACGAGAACCUGCAGUCCGAGACAGCAGGUAUCCACGUUCCUGAGUACGAGGAAAAUUUGAAGAAUUCCUGGGUCUGGAAGGAGCUGCAUGCCGUGAGGAACAUUCGGCCAUCGUUCCACAAUUACUUCGGGCUGUAUGGAGGGAUGCUAUACACUGGAAUCUUCUACUGGAUACUGAGGGGAAAAGAGCCAUGGACACUUAAACACUCUGGUAUGGACUCUGCCCAGUUGAAGCCAGCGAAAGAGUGCACACCCAUCGAGUAUCCGAAGCCUGAUGGGAAAAUCAGCUUCGAUCUCUUGUCGUCGGUGGCUCUGAGCGGCACCAAUCACGAGCACGACCAGCCUCCUCACCUCACGCUGAAGGAUGACAGCGUUCCAGUAGCGCAGAAUCUCGCCAUCUACGACGGCCCUGAACAGAGGUUUUGUCCUGCAGGUGUGUAUGAGUUUGUUCCCCUGGAGUCAGGUGACGGUAUGAGGCUACAGAUCAACGCGCAGAACUGUGUGCACUGUAAGACAUGUGAUAUCAAAGAUCCCAGCCAGAACAUCAACUGGGUCGUUCCUGAGGGAAGCGGAGGACCAGCCUACAAUGGCAUGUGAUCAUGUGUUAUGUUAAAUUUCUUGAGAUUUUAUUCAGGCAUAACACACACACACACACACACACAAACACACACAAACACACACAAUAUCUUACAGAAAAAAAAAAGUAAUUUUUCCAAUGUGCCUACAGAUCAGAAUAUUCCCAUAGCUACCAUUAUGGGAACUAAUGUGUGUAAUUAUUAAUUAUGGCAUUAAUUAUGUUUAAUGUUCAAAGUGUACGGUUUGAAAGCCUACUGAAACAGAUUUCAGUAAGACUUUUAUAUAAAAGGUUAAUAUGUUUGACCAAGUAAGGUGACAUGGAGUUUGUCUGUAAACGCACAAGUGCAAAUAUGGGCUAAAGCUCAUAGGUGAGGUAUCAGCAUGUUAUAUUAGCUAGUUAACAGCAGUAUUGUAUAUGUCAAUGUCAAACUGGUAGAAUAAAUUAAUUUUACCAAACCUUAA